AUGGCUGCGGCUUCAGUGCCAACAACUGAGCUUAUUGGUGAUCAAAAUCGCUUCGUUAAAGCAGGCAGUAAGGUGGCACUUCAUUGCAUCAUACGUGGUACUUUGGACCCUCCCAGUUAUAUUAUCUGGUUCAAGGGUCAGACUCAAGUAACAGAUGAUAACAAAUCUGGUUGGUAUACAGAGAUCGAUAGACAUAUUUUUGGCAAUGCAACCGAUAAUCAAAAUACGAUUGGUUCAUUGAUUAUACCAUUUGUGCGCAAAAAGGAUUCAGGCAAUUACACUUGCCAGCCAUCGAACAGUGCUUCGGUUUCGGUUGACUUGCAUGUGUUAAGUGGCGAGUAUUCCGCAUCGGCUAUUAUGUCUGCUGCAAGCACCUACUGUCCCAAUAUUUAUUAUCUGCUGCUGAUCCUUUUGCUCGUCGUAUUGCAGAAGACGUGACUGAAUCGCUCUGUAUAUUGAAUUCUAAAAUAUUUUGAGUUCUUUUUCUAGUUUUUUGAUUAAGAAAAAUAUUCAA